AUGUCAACGACGGAGAGGAAGCAACAGGUCGACGAGGCAACUCAAACCGAGGAUGAGCCCGAUGAGUGGGACAAGCGGAUCUUCAGUACUGGGUGUGCGGGUGGGCCAGAACUCCUAGGUCCACCUUGGAGGAGAUUGAAGGCCGCUGAAUGCAAUCCAGACGAGAACACGAGGCUAAACGACUGCUUCUUCGAGAAGAAAGACUGGAGAGCUUGCAAAGACGAGCAAACACAAGCCCAAGCAUCAUCCACUCCCUCCCCAGUCGCACCACCACCGCCAAGGACCCCUCAACCACCCACAACAGCAUCGACCUCACAAAAACCAAUCCCCACCCCAACACCCCAACAACGACAAGACCCCGACGAACCCUCCCCCUCCUCCCUCCCCCUGCGCUCCCUAACCGCCGGCCUCUCCGACCCACCCCCGCUCCUCUCCGAGCACGAAAAACAAGUCGACUGGACGCGCUCCUACCACGGCCUCUCCUCCGCCCCCUUCACCGACUCCCAAGCCGCCAUCCUGCAACAAGAAAUCCAACCCGACGACAUCGAGAUCAAACCGGACGGGAUCAUCUAUCUCCCCGAGAUCAAAUACCGGCGGAUCCUGAACAAAGCUUUCGGGCCGGGAGGCUGGGGGUUAGCGCCGAGGGGGGAGACGAUCGUGACGGGGAAGGUGGUGACGAGGGAGUAUGGGCUUGUUUGCGGGGGACGGUUGAUAUCCAUCGCCCGCGGCGAACAAGCCUACUUUGACCCCGACGGCAUCCCCACGGCGACCGAGGGCUGUAAAUCCAACGCCCUGAUGCGGUGUUGUAAAGAUUUGGGAAUAGCGUCGGAAUUGUGGGACCCGAGGUUUAUUCGGAGGUUUCUGCGGGAGGCGGCAAGGGAGUGUGUGGUGGAGCAUGUGGUGACGAGGAAGAGGCGGAAGCAUUGGAUGCGGGUGGAUGAUGAGGUGAGGUAUCCGUGGAAGGAGGUGAGCGCACAAGCCGCUAGUGGGAUGGGAGGUGGGGGAGGAGGAGGAGGGGUAGGAGGGGUUAAGAGGUAA